AUGGAGCACCAAAGUGAAAACACAGCCUUCACCGGCAUUCAUUGUCUCCAGUGGAUUCAGGAUCAGACCAGCAUGCUUUCCUUGUCCCCACCCAAGACUGUUAUAGCAGAUCAGGCCAUGUAUCUCUGUAAAGAAGGGGACCAACGGUUAAUUGUCAAUGAACUCUCCUUGGCCACCGCUUUCUAUACAGCUGCAUUCAGCUGCAAUGGUCAGAUAGCCAUUGAAAAGGUGGCAUCCCUCGGAGAAGAAUCUGGCGCAAGAGUAAUCGCCGUUUUGGAGAGAUGGUGCCAAGACGGAGGCCCCAUUCCCCAGGUUCAGUGCGUCAUUCCAAAUACCCCGAUGCUCAGCGUUGGGAUCGCGGCCAUUUUCCUCUCCACCCUCAACCCCAACAACAUGGUCGCCUCUCUGUACAAGAUGGAAGCUUUGCUGAAACUGGGCCGCUACGAGGAAGUGGUGAGUCAGUGUAACUCUCUGGUUGGCACCCACCAUUGCGUGGAGUUGGUCCUCACUAGGGCUUUGGCCUUGGUGCUGCUGAGGACACACUCUCAAAAUGGCCUCAUGGACUAUCUCUAUACCUUUACAAAACAUCGAGAGAAGACGCUAGAGUUCAUAAGCAGUCGGCAAAAGGAGCACUUGCAGCAGGUCGUCCAUGCCUGCUUUGACUUCAUCUCACUUGGGUUAAAUGGUCACUGCACCCUACAAAACUGGCAAAGCACUUGCUAUGACUUUCUGGCUACCUUAGUACCAGAGGACAUCCGUGUCCGCCAGGUUCAAGCAGCUCACCUGUUUGAAAAACAACAAUAUAAGGAGUGUGUGUCUAUUUACAGUAAGGCUUUGGAUGUGUUGUCAGCCAAUGGUGCAACCUGGGACGACAGAGCGCCUGGUCUUCUUAUAGGCAGGGCAGCUGCGUACUUUUCUCUAGGUGGGCGAGUGCCAGAAUUAAUGCAGGACUUGACAGCAGCCUUUGAGUUUAGCCCCAGCUUGGCAAAGAGGUGGUUUGAGGAGCUUUUCUCUGCUGCAGACAUUGAGAGUAUACAAAAAAUCUCCAGAGCAGCCCUGGAGGAAGGGUUUGCAUCCUACAGAGAAGCCGUCCGUACCAGGCUUGAAGUCCGAAGCGAUGGCAACAAGGGGCUGCUCUCCGCAGUCAUCUCCACCCUUCAUUUCCUCAUUCAGAUUUCUCCAGCGGCAAGGCGUGAACUCAAUGUGCGGCUGGCCGACUGUUACAUCUUGGAGGGCGACAUCAAGAGCACCUUGGACAUUUGUAAUGCUCUUCUGGAUUCUGAGCAGGAGACGUACCACAACACCAUUCUCGCCCUGCGAGGUUUCUGUCAUCUUCAUGCCAAAAGGUGUCAAGAGGCCCUCCAGGAUUUCCAAAAGAUCAUAGAGCACAGCUCUCCGCAUCCCAUCAGCUGCAUCAAGGCGCUUUGCGGCCGUGGCCUGAUCCGGGCUUGGGAGGGAAGCACUUACUUUACAGCCCUAGACUAUAUCACUGCCUGUAGGCUUAGAUUCAAGGAAACCAGCUUUGUGAUCAAGGCCUACAUACCAUGGAACCAAAGAGGCUUCCUUUUGGUUGUUCUCCAAGAGGAAGCACAGAAGAUCCUUGAAAGGAAACAGAACGCAAGCAGCAGCUCAGCUCUCCAAAGCAAUGCAAUAAAUAUGCUGAAUGGAUUCCAGAUGAAAGAAGGGAAUGCAUCUGCGGCUCACCAGCUGGCUUUUCUCCUGUUGGACCUAGAUGCUUCCAGUGAAGCAUCUCGGAUCUUAUGUGCUGAUGCUCUGUAUCGGAUGGAUCAAAUGAACGAUGCCCAGAAGAUUCUUCUAGUGGAGCUCUCCAAAACAUCACAGAAAUCUGCUAUCCUAGCUAGGCUGGCCCUGCUCCAGUUGAAGAAAGGUUUUGUAUAUGACUGUAACCAGUUUUUGAAGAAGAUUGCCCAAACUGGAGAGAUAUCCAGCUUCUUUGUUCUGGUGAAAAUUUUGAAAGACGAAGACCGGACCUUAAUGCAAAGGCACUGCCAUUCAAGGGCUUUGACUGUCCUGAAGCAUAAGCAAGGUGUGGACUACAUCAAAGAAGCCAUCGUCUACCUUUCCUUUGCCAUCUCUGCCGCUGGUGGUUUUGCUGUGGAUUCCCUUCUUGCCCGAGCCCGUUGUUAUGGACAGCUUGGCCAAAAGAAGACAGCUAUCUUCGAUUUCAAUGUGGUCUUGAAAGAAGAUCCUACAAAUGCUCAGGCUCUUUGUGGGAAAGGAUUCAUUCAUUUAACCCUGAACCAGGAAAAGGAAGCUGUGCGCGAUCUGACUGCGGCCAUCAAAGCCGACCCAGUUUUGGCCGUUGCUGAAAUCCUCUCGCUAAAGCCACAAGCCCAAGCGCUGAUCCACCGGUGCUUGUUUUCUCACUGCCGGGAUGCACUGUCCGAACAUGAUGCUUGCAAAGAGCCCUGCCGUGGAGAGACUCUGAAGGACUGUGCCAUUGUUGCAGAAUCGCUUGUGAAAAUAAACAGCAAGGACACGAAAAGUCACAUCCUCUAUGUGGACCUUUUAGCUGCUGAUGGGAGACACAAAGAAGCGUUGACUUACCUUGAGGAGACAUUUGGGGAGAGGGUGCCCGAUGAUGCCACCAAUUUGCGCUUUGGCUUGCUUCAUGCCAAGGAGAGAAACAUGACCAGCGCAGCCCACGUUUUGGCAAGUUUAGCCACACAGAACUAUGAAGAACUAGGAUAUCUUCUCAACUUCUUAGACCUCAAGCAGAGAGAAAACCUUGCUCAGGUCGCAUCCAAAGAAGGAAAUGCAUUGGCGAAGAAGCAAUGCCAUGCAAAGGCUGUUGGCUACUAUUCACUGGCUAUCUUGGCAAGCAAGAGUAACCCUCGAUAUCUUCGCCAGCGCGCUGCUUGCCUAGCCUACCUAAAGGACUACAAGGCAGCCUUGAAGGACAUGAGCAUUGUCCAAAACCAUGGGACGAAUGCACCGAGGACUCGAGUGAAAGACUAUUGCUUCCAAGGCCAUAUGCUCUUGUCCAUUUCGGAGGAGGAACUGGCAGUUGGGCAGUAUAUGAAAGCCUUUGAACUGGAAGAGUCCUUGACUCUGGCCAAUAUACCAACUGGUCACGAUAGAGAAAGACUGUCCAAAGCAUUCCUCAAAACGGCCGAAUCUUGUUUUGCCAUGAGCCACUAUGAGGACGCCUGGAAGACCACAGAAUAUGGGCUGAUGGUGGACCCAGAUAACCAUGAGCUUAAAAAGCUUAGAACGAGAAUUAAGCGGGAAGCCUGUGGUUGCAGGGUUCAAUAAUUUGCUCUCUGUUUCCAUUCUGUAAAUUGUAGUUUUUUGUGGGUGUUUCGGGCUCCAUGGCCAUGUUCUAGAA